UCACAGGGGAAGGGGAGAGAGAGAGAGAGCGGGAGAGAGAGCUCUUGCGAAGUGAUUUGGCGGUUCGGUGAUGCCAUACCCGGAGGAAGAAAUGGAGACGGGAAGGAAGCCGGAGGAUGAGGGGGAGCAGAAUGAUAUCCCCGAUACCACUAGCACGAACAAGGGGAAAUCUUGCAAGGGUUGCCUCUACUACUCCUCGCUCUUGAAAUCCAAACACCGAAAUCCGCUGUGUGUUGGAGUCAGCAGAGCCCUCCCUCAAGUGCCUAAUUAUGUUAUUGGUGAAUCCGAGUUGGAGGCUUCUAAAGAAGGUCGCAGCUUGGCAGACUUUAAGUAUGCAUGCGUUGGCUAUUCUGUUUACUUAGAUAAGAAGGACAGCCCGGCUGGACAGCAAGGAGACCAAGCAGAGUUGCCUUUUUGUGUUGGCAUUGAGCUUUUGGUGGACAAACGGGCCACAAAUACUGAGCAUCUUCCUUCUCAUGUUAACAAUAACACCAAAGAGGAUGCUCCUGUGUUUUCUCAGCCCCGAACAUACAAGCCGCCACAUUCAAUUGGUGAUGAAUUCUUGAAUAGGUUCACAAGAAAUGCAAGCCUGGUUGCAUCUGGUGUGGCCAGAAACCUGUAUAGGGUGGGCAAUUAUAUUAAGGACAAUGUUGAUGACAUUCUUUAUCCAUAUCGUAGGCGACCUAAAUAAUUGGUGUGUUCUCAAAUGGAUGAGUGUACAGUAAUAAUUGCCCCCAAUACGCGAGGUUUACAGACUGAACUGCACACCAUCGCUACAGCCAGCUUUACUGGCUUGCAUGUUCAUUUCUGCACGUUGAAAUUACACCAAUCUGUUACCUGGUGUAAUUUGUAUUUAAUUUUGUUGUUUGAUUUAUUAGCAUUACAUCAUUAAGCAAGUAUGUGCUUUCAGUAA